AACGGGCUGAAGAGGAUGGUUGGAGGGUGACACGGAUCGCCCCGAGGUUAUUUAUUUUCCCUUCCGCUCAAUCUCUUCCUCCCCAAAUCUCGCCUGCAAGCGGCCUCCAGCCCGCGGGAGUCGGCAGCGGCCCUUGAGCCCCCAGCCCCAAUCCACAGGGCUCGGCUUUCCCAUUCAUUAUUGAUCAUAUUUUAUAAAUCCAACGCCACACAAUUUUUUCCACAUUACCGGGAGCCGUGGGGAGACGGCCCGGCCAUUGGCGGAGGGGACGUCACGUGGGCGGGGUCACGUGGUCCGGAGAGGAAAAAGGGGGUCCUUUUUGGUGUAAAUCUGGACUCUAAUUCUGUAAUAUAUCAAGGAAUCUCGUAAAACCGACACUAAAACGUCCCUGCCUACAAAUCAUCCGGCCAAAUUAUGAGUUCAUUGUAUUAUGCGAAUGCUUUAUUUUCUAAAUAUCCAGCCUCAAGUUCGGUUUUCGCUACCGGAGCCUUCCCAGAACAAACUUCUUGUGCGUUUGCUUCCAACCCCCAGCGCCAGGGCUAUGGAGCGGGUUCGGGCGCUUCCUUCGCCGCCUCGAUGCAGGGCUUGUACCCCGGCGGGGGGGGCAUGGCGGGCCAGAGCGCGGCCGGCGUCUACGCGGCCGGCUAUGGGCUCGAGCCGAGUUCCUUCAACAUGCACUGCGCGCCCUUUGAGCAGAACCUCUCCGGGGUGUGUCCCGGCGACUCCGCCAAGGCGGCGGGCGCCAAGGAGCAGAGGGACUCGGACUUGGCGGCCGAGAGUAACUUCCGGAUCUACCCCUGGAUGCGAAGCUCAGGAACCGACCGCAAACGAGGCCGCCAGACCUACACCCGCUACCAGACCCUGGAGCUGGAGAAAGAAUUUCACUACAAUCGCUACCUGACGCGGCGGCGGCGCAUCGAGAUCGCGCACGCGCUCUGCCUCACGGAAAGACAGAUCAAGAUUUGGUUUCAGAACCGGCGCAUGAAGUGGAAAAAGGAGAACAAGACCGCGGGCCCGGGGACCACCGGCCAGGACAGGGCUGAAGCAGAGGAGGAAGAGGAAGAGUGAGGGAUGGAGAAAGGGCAGAGGAAGAGACAUGAGAAAGGGAGAGGAAGAGAAGCCCAGCUCUGGGAACUGAAUCAGGAAACUCAAAUCGAAUAGGGAAGUAAAAAACAAAACAAAAAACAAAAAAAAACCCCUAUUUAAAUGAAAGGAGUUUAAAAACAUUUUUUAAGGAGGGAGAAAGGAGAAAUUUUGGUUUUUCAACACUGAAAAGAUACUACCUAUAGGAAAGUCUGUCAGGUUUGGUUUUUUUGUACAAUAUGAGAAGGACAUAAUCUACCUGUUCUGUAGCUUUCUGGAAUUUACCUCCCCUUUUCUAUGUUGCUAUUGUAAGGUCUUUGUAAAAUCUUGCUGUUUUGUAAGCCCUCUUUAAUGCUGUCUUUGUGGACUGUGGGUCUGGACUAACCCUGUGGUUGCCUGCCCUCCUGAGCCUCCGCCUUCCCAGCAGCGGCACCAAGGGGCCUUAGGGAGCCCCCAAACCUACCACUCCCGUGUUCCCCAAGCGCCUGGCUGAUGCUUCUUGCUUCCCGUCCCCCGGCCCCAUGCUCCCUUUUACAUUCUGUGUGUAUCUAAAGGAUGGAAAAAUAAAACGCAAUUAAAAAUAAA